AUGAAUUUCUGGCCAGAGUUUCUUGCAAGCAGUUGGGGUAGAGAAUUUGUGGCUGGAGGCUUUGGAGGUAUUGGUGGUGUAAUCACUGGUUAUCCGCUUGACACCAUCCGUAUCUGGCAACAACAGUCGUCGAAGGCCAGUUCUGCCUUUAGCAUCCUUCGCAAUGUCGUGGCCACGGGAGGGCCUGCUGCCCUCUACAAAGGCAUGGCUGCACCAUUGGCUUCGGUCACCUUUCAGAAUGCCAUGGUUUUCCAGAUCUAUGCUGUCCUCUCUCAAGCACUUGACUCAUCUGUUUCAGCUACAGAUCCUCCUUCCUACAAAGGUGUUGUUCUAGGAGGAUUUGGUACUGGUGCUUUUCAGAGCCUAAUUCUCACUCCAGUAGAACUAGUAAAAAUCCGCCUUCAAUUGCAGAACAAUAGCUACACAAAACUACAUCAGUCAGAUCCUUACAAAGGACCAGUUAGUGUUGCCACAAGCAUUUUCAGGACAGAAGGUAUAAAGGGGAUGUACCGAGGUUUAACCAUAACCUUGCUAAGGGAUGCUCCUUCUCAUGGUUUCUACUUCUACACAUAUGAGUAUUUGAGUGAGCAGCUUCACCCUGGCUGCAGAAAGAGUGGCCAAGAAAGCCUCAACACAAUGUUGGUUGCAGGAGGUCUAGCAGGAGUUGCCAGUUGGGUUUCAUGCUACCCCUUAGAUGUUGUAAAGACCAGACUACAGGCUCAAUCACUCUCAUCUCCACAGAAAUACACUGGCAUUGUUGAUUGCUUUGGCAGGAUUGUAAAAGAUGAAGGAUACCACAUGCUUUGGCGAGGAUUAGGAACCACAGUUGCUCGGGCUUUUGUGGUGAAUGGGGCUAUAUUCUCUUCUUAUGAGAUAGCUCUGAGAUGCCUGUUCAACAAUAGAAGCAUUCAAAAGUAG